AUGAGUGCUGGUAAGACAAAAUUCGACCAAAAUAUAACUGAAUUAAGACAAAGCGGACCCACCAUAUCCAAAGUCUCCGGAUCUCGACGGUCUCCCGCAACCAUAUCCCCCCAAUAUCCUGAUACGGUAGUUGUGGAACAGCCUUGUCCGAUAAUCACCGAUUCACAUUUUGUUCCCGGACCAGAUCCAGUAAAUACCGUGUGUCCAUACUGUCAUAAAGAUGUUACAACUCUUGUGACCUACAAAACAGGAAUAUUAACAUGGGCGGGAUGUUUUGGGAUUUUUAUAAUUGGUGGGAUAUUUGGUUGUUGUCUUAUGCCAUUCUGCUGCGAUUCCUGUAAAGACGCUGAUCAUCGUUGUCCAGUAUGCAAUCGUGAUUUAGGUUUAUACCGUCGCUGCUAG